AGAUGAAGCACACUAGUACACCGUGUACCCAAGAAGUCGUCGUUUUUUCCAGAUUGAUGACGUUCACUUGCAGCUCACACAAGAAAACACAUAAAGGCAGUCUUUACGUGACACCAACUCAUCUUAUCUUUCACAAUCAAACCGUAGGAAGAGAAACAUGGCUUUUGCAUACUCACAUCUUACAAGUGGAAACGCUACCAUUAAACACGAAAGGCUCGCCCUUGAAGAUAACCUACAAAACAUUCAGGCUAUUCACAUUCAUUAUGCUAAAGAUUGUGAAUGACAAGACAGCUAUUAUACUCUGGUGCACAUCUCUAAACCAAACUCCAGAUGGAUGUGAUUUAUGUUUUGGUAGCAAUGAAACUCUCCCACUGGAUAUAUCCACUCUCAUAUGGAGGUACGAUAAAUAGUAAGUUACGUGAAAUGUAUAUACAACUGAAGUCUGGCACUGAUACAGUCACCUGAUGAUAAGAUCCAUGACUGACUGAUGAGAUACCAUGCACUGAGUAUUAAGAAAUUGUGGCCUCAUCAGCUAAAACAUUGUCUCAUAUGCAAGACAAAUGGAGAAAUUAUAUUGACUUUAGUGAAAAUAAAGGAUGUGGCAGACAAAAUGAAGCUGCAUGGCAGAGGAUCUUAUUAGAAAACAGUGGCAUUUACUGGUAGUAAAAAUUGGAUGCACAUGAUGAUGUUGCCAAUCAUUUAUUUAUAUGAACAAAAGAUAAUAUCAUCUGGUGAGAUGGGAAAUAUUAAUGACACUGAUGAUCUUUGCGAAAAGAGGAGAACUUUACUGAAGUUGAUUAUGAAACAUCCGUGGGUUGACGGAGUACAAUUUGCAAAGAUACUUUCAGGUAGCGAAGUCAUUCGUGAAGUUGGAUGAAUGCUGCUACACAAUGCAUGCAGCCUCUCAUGUGCACAAGAUGAGUGGAGAGUGAUGAUAUUGUAUCUCUUUGCUCUUUGUGUGCGAAGUGGAGGGCUGUGAAAAAAGUAGGGCUUGCAUAUUGUUAGUUGAGCGUUUGCAUUUGUAGGGUAGGAAACGGUUGGAAGUCCAGAAUCUGUUGAUGACUCGUCACUACUGUCUGACCUGCACAGUAUGGUUCAGUCGGCCGUCGACUGUCGGCAGGAACAACAAUUCAAACUGAUAGUGGACAUGAUUAGGGAGAUACUUGAUUGUCUGACCGACAAGCUUGAGUCUUAGCCUGGUUAUUGAUAUCAAUUAGUGGUGAAAAUGUUAGGUUGACAAUGUAUUUGUUGUUAUAGAAUAGGAAAUUUUAUGAGAUUAGUGCAAACACUGUGGCUUGUUUGCAGUCACUCGUAACUGAUUUUUAUUGUUUUUAUAGAAAAGCCGAUCUCAUUUAUUUGUAUGUUUUAGAAUUUGGCAUGCAGAUCGGUUAUUAUGUGUGCAUGAGUUAGUCAUCAGAGUCAUGUUUUCUCAUGAUGAAAGAUAAGCAGACGAU